AUGAGGGUAAGUGUUGCCGGUCCGAGCAGCAGCACGAGCACGAGCAACGCGAGCACGAGCGGCACGAGCACGAGCAGCAACGGGGCCGGGCCGGUGGUCGUCAACAACUGCAGUCCGAGCGUCGUCGGCGACAUGGACAAUUGGUUCGCGGGUGUGCCCGAGGAGGAGGUCCAUUAUUACUCGAGCGACGACUUUGACUCCUUGUUCGCGGUGGUGAGCAGUUUCGUGCCGCCACCGCCGAGGCCGCCCUACCUGCCCGAGGAAAAUUUGCCCACGGACGGGCUCACCACGUGCGACCUGUGCUCGUGGGCCCUCAGGAACGACAGGUACUCGUUCUCGCUCGACGGCACGCUCGAAGCACCCGGUGAACUUGGUUGGUUGUUAACGUUAGUCAUAGUUUCGCUGCUCUCGGCAGGUAUCGGUGCCGUGGUCAUGGUCACAUUGCUCCAUUGUCGAAGGUUAAAGAGCGCAAACGGCAGAGCGAGUUGUUGCGGCGUGGCGUUGGAGCGAGCCGGCAAUCAGGACGGCGGAAAUCCUGGCGGGAGCGUCGUGGUGGGAGCCGCGUCGGUGGGCCUCGCAGUCAUACCGGAUAGGCCGCCCCUCGAGCUCGACAAGCUGCCGCCUUAUCACGACGUCGCGCCCAAUCCUGGGCACAACGUGAAUGUGUGGUCGUGGCUGGGCUCGCGCCGGGGCGGCGGGCCGCCCGGCUGUGUGGGCACGCCUCUGGCACUGCCCCAGCACCGGAGAGCCCUCAACCUGCCCGUGGCACAAUCAGAGAACCACUACACGCACAUGCAGACGGACGAGGCGCUGUACGCGGAGCUUGAUUCCCAGGCGGCGAGCUACGCCAGCGGCUCCGAUGACAAGCAUUACCACGAGCUCGACGCCGUUGGCCUCCACCGCCAACACCAGGACACCCUCUGCACCAGGCACAGCCAGAGUUGUCGAUACCAAAUACUUCCUAUGAUGAUGAUUGGCUCCGAUGAACUUUAG